GUAACCGCAUCCCAUCGACACCACCACCGGCCGCACCUAGAGCACGCGCAAGAAAGCCGAGCGCGCGAAGGUGCCAGAGAUGCAGCAGGCGCUGAGGACGCAGACAGCAGCAGCCCUGCUUAGGCAGGCCAGAACAAGAGUCACAGCGUCGCAGCCGCAUGCUUAAGCAUCCUCGAACGCGCAACAACUGGCGGACGAUGAGCUACCGCCCUUUCCCCACCGACCGCGAUUCCACCUCACUGGAACAGGGAGGAGGAAGCGCCAAGCUAGAUGAAGUGGUACGCUCAUCCAGAGCCUCAAAGCGACGAUAGCACAGCAGAGCAGCAUCACUGAGAGCACCCGAACAGACCUCACAGCUAUCAAGGCUGAGCGGCAGUACCUCAAGAACCAGAACGCCGAACUGCAAGAAACCAUCCAAUCGCUCCGAGCGCAGCUCGACACCCUCUCAAUUGAACCCCCAUCAACGCCGACAUGGCGGUCAGUCGUAGCCAGCUCGUCGGGUCGGGCAUGACGUCGUCACGACCGACAAACUCGGGAACAGCACGUAGGGAGAACAGUCGGCAGAUUGUGAUCGAUGUCAGCAGGGUAAGAGAAGAUGUGGUUGAGAAAGUAGCCACCACCGAAGCAGCAAGGCAGACUAUUCAACAGGACACGAACGGCAUGGAACGGCUUGCUGGAGCAAAAAUCAAGGGCUUUCACGGGUGGCGAGCAAACAACAGCCCAAGCGUGAUGAAGUUCUCAGCGGACAAGGACAACGAGGCGGCAUUCCGGCUGACAACAACUGAAUGGCUGGAACCGCGAAUCCAGGAGCAAGCCUAGUAGGGCUCAAAUGGUACCCUGUCAAAGCAAACUAAAUAGAGGUGUCUCUGGCGAUGGAGCGCAUUGGUACGGGAAACGGAGUGGGGUGCACGAUGCGGUGGUUCGGGCGACCGAGGUCUAGCAGACAGCACGCUUCAGUAGUGAUCAAGGUGGCGACGAAAGAGGACCCAGAGAAGCUACUGAAGCCGGACAGCGUAACGUUUGGCGGAAGCGGGCUUAUGAUGACGCCGUUCGAAGAAAGGCGCACGCCAGAGAGCAAGUUCAGGCCGUCGCCGAAGACUAUGAAUCUGGACGGGUGGACAGAUGCGUGGAUGCGUCUGUACGCAAAGGCAAAGCAGGCAUUGGCAGUACGCGAUAUUAUCUCAGACAUGCAUCUUGAAG